AUGUUCCAACGGUUCAAAAGCGCCAUCGAUCGGACCAUUGCCGAGGAACAAGCCCGCCAGCAGACGGCCACCCAGUCAAGAAGCCCCUCUAGAACAGGCUCAACAUCGUCGCGCAAAGGCGAUGGCACGCCGGGCCAGCGCGCGAAGUCCCGAAAGCAAGCCUCCGAUGCAGGAGACGCGCACAACCCAGAUCCUGCCGUAUUCGAAGCCGCUUUUGUGAUCGACGAUAGUGACGAACCGAGUCGAGCUGCUACCCCAUUGCCUCCUAACGCUGCCGACGAGAAGAAGUCCGAUAAUACCAAUGGUCAAGGAAACAUGUCAGAAGAUAAGACUUCGGAAGGCCAAGGUGCCAACGACGAAGGCAGUUCGGACAAGGCCCAAGAUGGUGCGACCGAUGCUCCAGCAACUAAACCGCAGGCACCGAAGCUGCAAGACAUGAGUCCCGAGAUUCGACAGAAGUUGCGCAAGUUAGAAAAGCUCGAGGCGACAUAUCCUGAACUGCUUCGAUCCUACCGUGUUGCCCAUAGGCGUGCCACGGCAAUCGAGCCAUUCGAGAAAGCGCUCCGCGAGAACACGCCCUUGACUUCCAUUAGUGAUCCCGAGGCGCUUGUAGAAUACCUCAACCAAGUGAACCUCCGGAGUGACAUGGUGAUGCAGGAGCUGAAGAAGGUAUCGACAGACAAAGAUGAACUGCAGAAAAGGUAUAACGAAGCUGAGGAAAAGGCAAAGAAGUUGGAGGAGGAGCUGGUGACCGCAAGGUCUGCGAGCGCUGAUCAGCCAAGGACAGGCGAUUCGGAGACUUCUAAGGACGCCCAGGACGAUAAGAAUGGAGACACUUCCCCGGAGGACCCCGAGAAAUCGAAAUCCCCUGUGUCCUCUGUCAUGGGCAUGUUCUCCCCCAAGCAAAAGCCUCAAAAGUCACUUGGCGAGGUCGCCGAAACGAAGGAGUCUAACGAGGAGUUCUUUUCUUACGAUGAUGAGAUUCCCCAGCUUCAGGCUGAUGUUACGUCAAAGUCGGAAGAGAUUGAGAAACUCAAGUCUGAAGUCGAGGACCUCCAGAAAGAGCUCACUACAGCCAGGGAGACCAGUACUGGUUUAGUUGAAAGCCUGGAGAACGCUACUCGAGAGCUAAGUGAGACUCGCGACGCUACUUCUGUCAAGGACUCGCUGCAGGCCCAGCUCAAUGACCGCAACAAGGAGAUUACAUCUCUCAAUCAACGACUGGAAGAAGUGCAGAAACAACUCAAACAGCUAGAGGAGGACAAGAAUGCGCAUGCCGCCAAGGUUGACGAACUGGAGGUUUCACUUGCAUCGUCAGAUAAGCGUACAAGCGAACUUGACGCGGAGCUGGCCAAGGCUUCCAACGCAAAGAACAUUUCCAAGAAGCUGAUUGAUGACCUCAACAACCAGAUUGAGACCUUGAAGAAGGAAAAGUCUGACAGCCAGACCAAGAUUACCGAUUUAACCAAGAAAUUGGAAUCCAAACCUGCGCCCGCAAUGCCUACUCCUACUGCAACACCCACGCCUACAGUCUUGCAACCUACAGCGACCUCUGCAACAGCUGCUAGCGGCGGUGGUAAAAAGAAGAACAACAAGAAGAAGAAGGGCAAGGGGGGUGCUGGUGGUGCUGGUGGUGCCGCAGCACCCUCUCAGGCUCCAGCAGCAGGAGAUCCUGUAGAAGCCCCUGAGCCAGUAAUCACUACUGGCACUGCUGGAAAUGCUGAGCUGGAGGCUGAGAUCGCCCAACUCAAGGAAGAGGUUGCUGAAAAGGACACACAAAUCGAUCGUCUUAACAAAAGGCGCAAGACCGAGGAGGAUUUACGGGAGGAGAUUGAGUCACUGCAAGAGAACCUUCUCAUGAUUGGCCAAAAUCAUGUCGAGGCCAAGGACAAGAUCAAGGAACUCGAAGCCGAGAAGUUGGAAUUGAAGACGCAGAUUACUGAUCUAGAGAAGAAGGUCAGCUCAUCUACAUCAGACGCCGAAGCCAGCUCCAAGAUGCAGAGUGAGAUGGAGUCCAUCAAGACGGAAUACAAUGAUCUUAAGGAAAAGACAUCUACUCUGCAAGCUGAUCUUGGAGCCGCACAACAACUGGCUCAAAACCGGUUCAAGGACCUCACAGAACUGCGUGAGGUGUUACAAAAGGCUCAACCCGAGUUGAAGAGCCUGCGUCAGGAAUCUGCUACGCUAAAGGCGACGAAGGAGGAGCUCGCAAACAAGACCAAGGAGCUUAGAGAUAUGGAGAAACGAGAGAAGGACCUGAAGCGAGAUGUGGAACGUGCUCAGAAGAUAUCCUCUGAUCGCGAGACUGAGAUCAAAAGUCUACAAGAGAAGCUGACUGUCGAGACCAACGCCAAGCUUCGCCUCGAGGAUGCUCAGCGAGUUUCUGGACGAGAUCUUCGCCGAAGCGAGGCCGAGAAGGCCGAAGUCAGUGGAAGGGCUGAUAAAGCGGAGCAAGAGCUUCAGUCAGUGCAGGAGGAACUCAGCAAAUUGCGACCCAAGGUUAAGGAGCUUGAAGAGCAAAUGCACAAACUAAAGCGAGAGAAGACAGCAUCGCAGGAGGAAGCGGACUUCAAGACGCAGCAAUACAGCAAUGCCCAAGGCUUGUUGAGUAGUAUGCGAGACCAGACGGCCGAAAUGUCCGUGCAACUGAAGGAAUCUAAAUCGCAAGCCGAGUCGUUGGAGGAGGAGUUAGCCGAAGUUCAGCGCCUGCUCCAGGAGCGCACACGCGAGGGCGAAACAAUGCGGCGGCUCCUAGCGGAUGUUGAUGAGCGCGCUGAUAACAAGGUACGAGAUAUGAGGGCACGAAUGGAAGCGGCAGUCGAAGAGCGGGAUCGAAUCGAGGAUGAGUCGGCUACACUUGCACGACGCAAAACACGCGAGACGGAAGAUUUGAAACAGAAGCUGAAGGAUCUUGAGCGCGAGGUCAAGACAUUGACCCAUGAACGAGACGAGCUUGAGCAACGCGAAAAGGAGUGGCGCAAACGAAGGGAAGAACUCGAGUCAGUCGAAGAAAAGGCUGAGGCAGAAACAGACGAGCUCCGAACAACGGCGUCACAGCUCCGAACAGCCUUGGAUGCAUCAGAGAAGCAAGUCCGUGACGUGGAGAAGCAGCGAGCAGAACUUCGACGCAUGCUGGAGGAGUCGAGGCAACGUUACGAGAAACUAUCCAAGGAUCUCAAGGCAGCACAGACCAAACUCGUAGCCAGUUCGAGCCGUAGUUCGUUCGAUUCGGUACGAAGCGGAAGCAAUGGUUCACCGGCUGGAGCCCCGGAUACUGUCUACCUCAAGACAAUCCUGCUGCAGUUCUUGGAACAAAAGGACACCAAGCUAAGAGCGCAGCUUGUGCCGGUGCUAGGCAAGCUGUUGCGCUUCGAUAAGGCGGACGAACAAAAGUGGCAGAAAGCUGUACAGCAUAUUGAGGUUAAGUAG